UUCUUCCAAGCCUAAAAACUCAAAGCUGCAUAUAAUGAAGAAAGAAUAGAGUUGCAAAUUGCUUAAGCUUUUUCAAAUCUCAUUCACCAGUUGAGAAAGAAAGGAUCAUUGUGGAAUCAUGGCAACAACAAGAAGAUAUGAGUUUGGAACGAAUGAGAGUAGCCACCCAGACUCUAUCAGAGCCACCAUAGCUGAAUUCAUCUCCACUUGCAUCUUUGUCUUUGUUGGAGAAGGCUCAGUCCUUGCUUUGAAUCAAAUUUACAAAGAACCUGGGUCAUCAGCAUCUGAGCUAGUGGUAAUUGCAGUGGCUCAUGCCUUUGCUCUAUUUGCUGCUAUUGCUGCAAGUGCACAUGUUUCUGGUGGACACGUGAACCCUGCUGUCACUUUUGGUGCUCUUCUUGGUGGAAGGAUCUCCGUUCUUAAAGCUAUUUACUACUGGAUUGCUCAAAUCCUUGGUUCUAUUGUUGCUGCUCUCUUGUUGAGACUUGUCACUAACAACAUGAGACCAGAGGGAUUCAGUUUAUCAGUUGGGGUUGGAGCGGUUCAUGGUCUUAUACUUGAAAUUGCCCUCACAUUUGGUCUGAUGUACACUGUGUAUGCCACUGCUAUGGAUCCUAAAAGGGGUACAGUUAGCACAAUUGCACCCUUAGCCAUUGGACUGGUGGUAGGAGCAAACAUCCUGGCUGGUGGACCUUUUGAUGGAGCAUGCAUGAACCCUGCUCGGGCUUUUGGGCCUGCAUUGGUGGGCUGGAGGUGGCAGAACCACUGGAUCUUCUGGGUGGGCCCAUUACUUGGGGCAGCCUUAGCAGCAGUCCUGUAUGAAUUCGUUGUUAUCCCAAUUGAGCCUCCUCCUCAUCAACCUUUGCCUGCUGAAGAGUACUAGUUCAUUUGGGUAUUAUGAAAUCGGUUUAAUUAACCUAAGCUCAUGCCUCUGUUUUUUAUCACUGUUUUUCUGCAUUUUUCUUUGAUGCUGGUUUGGUUUGGACUUUGGAGUAUCAACACUAAACUUGUUUAGUGUGUAGAUGUUUUACUCCAUCAGUAUGCUGAAUAAAGUGAGAUCCCUAAUCACUUACAACUCUACAUGCUUCAAAAUAAAGACAAUUCAAAGAUAUCAUCUGAGU